UUUCAUUACUAGUUUUUACUAGAACAAUUGUUACCUAUUGGCUAUUAUAUUAUUAAUACAAUGACUGAUAAAAAGAGACCACGAAGUGAUUUAUUUUCAUAUUUUAAAAAACAGAUGAAAAUGAGUUUUGAUAAUGUUAAUAAUACAGAAAAUACUCAAAUAAUUACAAGUACUUCAAAUUCAGAUAUUGACGUAGUAAUGCCACAACAGACUAUAGUUUCAUGUAAUUAAUAAUUACACGUUACAUAAUUGUACAAAACAAUAUACUGAUAUGCCCAAACUUGUAGACCUCCAUGUAAAUAAUGGUUUGGAAAUGGGUCGCAUUUUGCAAACUGAUAAGGCUUGUAGUAACAUAAUAGACCAUAUAUCUUCAGAAAUGCGGAAAAAAAUUUGCAAAGAUAUAGUAGAUAAUGGAAGAAAAUUAUGUAUAAUUGUGGACGAAUCUACUACAAUCAGCAACAAAACUAUGCUGGUAAUUUGCUUAAGAUCUGCUAUUGCUCACGAAGAAGACAUAAUAACUUUCUUUUUUGACAUAAUUGAAUUACAAAACACAUCUGCAAGUACAAUUUAUGCUGCUAUUAUUGAUGAUCUAUCAAAAUAUGGAAUCAACCAUGAAUAUUUAAAAAAAAACUUGGUUGGUUAUAAAUAUUUUCUAAAUUAUUUAGAGAGGAGUAAUAGGGGGUAUGGUAACGUGCGGCUUAGUAACGUUUAAUAAGUGAUGGGGACGCUCUUUUUUUUAUAGUAAACAGAGUCCCUCUACU